AUGUCGGAACGUCGUCAGAAGGCUCCCAUUCGUGUAGGUUUCUAUGACAUAGAAAAAACAAUAGGAAAAGGAAAUUUUGCCGUUGUCAAAUUAGCAAGACAUCGAAUAACAAAAACUCAGGGGGCAAUCAAAAUAAUUGACAAAACUCAAUUAGAUGCCGUUAAUUUGCUUAAAGUUUAUAGAGAAGUUGACAUAAUGAAACAACUCGAUCAUCCACAUAUAAUUAAAUUAUUUCAGGUUAUGGAAACUAAAAAUAUGAUUUAUAUAGUUUCUGAAUAUGCUAGUCAAGGCGAAAUAUUUGACUACAUCGCAAAAUUUGGUAGAAUGAAUGAGAAAACGGCGAGGAAAAAAUUUUGGCAAAUACUUUCAGCAAUAGAAUAUUGUCAUAGUAAGCAAAUUGUUCAUCGAGAUUUAAAGGCUGAAAAUCUUUUAAUGGAUCAAAAUAUGGAAAUAAAAAUUGCAGAUUUUGGAUUUAGUAAUUAUUAUAAUCCGAACGAACUUCUUUCAACAUGGUGCGGUUCUCCUCCCUAUGCCGCUCCAGAAGUAUUUCAAGGUUUAAAAUACGUAGGACCCGAAAUUGAUAUUUGGAGUUUAGGGGUCGUUCUCUACGUUUUAGUAUGUGGAGCUCUUCCAUUUGAUGGAUCCACACUUCAAUCUUUAAAAGAUCGAGUUUUAUCAGGUCGUUUUCGGAUUCCUUAUUUCAUGAGCUCAGAUUGCGAAUCAUUAAUAAGAAAAAUGUUAGUCGUUGAUCCUGGUAAAAGAUACUCAAUAGAAAAUAUUAAAAAGCACAGGUGGAUGCAAGCCGAAAUACCUAAAUUACCUGAUUCGACAAAUAUCGGAACAACGCACGAAUUAAACGAUCAGAUUUUACGACUCAUGCAAAGUUUGGGUAUCGAUUCGGUGAAAACUCGAGAGUCUCUUCGUUGCGGCAGUUACGAUCAUCACGCGGCCAUUUAUUAUCUUUUAUUAAAAAGACUUCGUCAGCAUCGCAAAGAAUUAAACGUAAAUCAAUUCGGUUGUCAUACCGAUGACGAAAUAGAUUGUAGGAGGCCGAGUUCGAUAGCGGAACAAGCAAUGAGAAAAUUAACAGGUGAUAAUAACAUAAGAAUCGCGGAAAGUACCGAACAUAGGAAUCGCGAUGUCAAUUUGUUAGACGUUCAAAAAUAUCUCGACGGUUCGUGUAGACCUCCUAAUUCGUCAACCGCAUCGAGUAUGGGAAAGUUUAACGAAAGUAUUAAACCGGAAGAUUUUAUCUCGGAAUCCAUUCCAGUUGAUUUUCUCGGUUUAGCCAAUCCGAAUAGAACUUCAGGUCUUUAUGUUUUUCCGGGAAUGGAUCAGUGGUUGGAUGAGCCUCAGAGAGGACGAGAAAAAUUUAUGAAUUCUCAAGAAGAUCCACGACUGCAAAAUACAAGAUAUUUAUCUAACUCGGGAGCUAUUUGCUUUCCUCAACACGGAUCAUCAUCGCCAAUACCUCAAGAAUUUUAUAAUGCUCUUCAAAUGAAUUUACAAAUCAAAAGCGAAAACGGAUUAACCCCCAAACAUUGUACAAAAGAAAUGAAAAAUUUGCAAAAGAGCACGGAUUUUGAAAUACAUAUCGCUGAUGAAAGAGGGAUUCAAGAUAUCGCUUCCGGUAUAAUUUCUCCCGCUCAAAAUUUCAACGAUUUCAAGUACGUGAAUCAACAAAUGAGUCGCGAACCGAUUUUUUUAAGAACGGAAAGUCAUCGUUCCAUUUUCGAUGAUGAUAAAAAUAAUAUUUUCGAUGUUGAGCAAAAAAAUUUCGAUUGGCAAGACCUGUUACAGCAAAGUAAUAAAUUGUUGAAAGAAAAUUUUGAAAUUUUACAACAGCAACAAAAUCAAUAUGGUAACACGUUUACGACGGGAUUCGAAGGGAAUAAACAAAUGCAAACCUCACGGAGCGCUCAAAAUUUCAAUGAAAAAAAUAAAUCUACGGCAUCGGGCGACAUUGCCAAUUUUAUGGAUGUUGUCAGAUCUCAAAACGAAAUAGUUAUACCGGAAUCGAUAAACUCAUUAAACAUAUCAAACAUUUCGAAAGAUUUAGAAGCAAUAUCGGAAUCGGAAACGACUAAAAUCGAUGAAAAAAUAUCAGGGAUAACGUUGGGACACAAUGAUAUGUUUAGAUUACCACUCACAAGAGCGACGACGAAUCCAUUUCUAAGAUCUGAACGUAAGGGAAACGAAAGUAUUUGUCAUCAACAAUAUUCCAGUUCCACAGACGAAGGUAUCGAAACGGACAUUGAAGAUUCACCGGGAAGUGGUAAAAGUUCCAAUGCCAUUGUUAAUCAACAACGAUUGAAUUCAAAUUUAACCGUCGGAGUUCAUCAAAAAAGUCUAAGUCAGCACAUAAACAGUCAUUGUCAUUCUCCUUCUCAUUCUCCUUGUUUGAAAAAUACAUUGUCGGCAUUUGAAUCCUCUCUCGAUUAUCAAUUCGAUUCUGAAUUAGCAUCUAGUUUGCCAAGUUGUACUUCUUCGAAUACGAUAAAAUAUUCAACAGACAAUCCUGUUGUAAGUAAAAACAUGAUGCAUUCAAGUUUGUUCACGUCGUCUAUGAAGCCUUUUCAUAGGCCGAACCCAAUCACGGGAAAUAGAAAUUUAACGAGGAGUCCCAUAGAUUUUCGGGAAGGAAGACGAGCGAGUGAUGGUUUAGUACCUCAACAACAAGUAGACAUUCCACAAGAAAUAAAUUCAAAUUUAACCGUUUUCAAUCAUCAAAAAUUAAACGACAUGGGUAAAACGAAGGGGGCCAUGGAAUUGCAUUUAGUACAAAGAGAGCAUGAAGUUCUUAAAAAUAAAUAUCAGACACCUUCUCAAGAAGAGCAAUGCGUGAGACAAAUUCAACACGUUCAAUAUCAUCAAGUGAGCCUACCGGAACAAUAUUUAGAUGAAAAUUCUUCACGAAAGCAAGUUCCGAAGAAAAUUGGACUCCCUGAAACAUUGAUGACCGCCAACCAAUUCAAUCCGAAUCCAUCACAAAAAAAUGAAUUUUUAAAUUUGAGUGAUUUAGUAGUAAGCAGUCCUUCGUCAAUGAAUGCAUCAGUGCAACAAAAUGCUCAUUUAGGGAAAACUCCUUUGCAACAGCAACUUAUGCAGCACCGACUUUUGCAACAGAAGCGACACUUACUGCAGAAACAAGGAGCUUUUCAACAAGCAUCUCAACAAUCGCCACCCGUUUUAGCAUACAUGACAUCAAGACAGAGACAAAUGUUACGGCAAGCGAGUUAUAAAUUAGCACAAAAAAUGCCAGUGCUACCACCACUGCCACACGGAGAUGAAAUUAAUACAGAUUUAAGAACGAUUACUGAAGAUUGUACAAACGGACACACACCUGAGGGUGAUGUAAAAUGGACCAACAACACAUUACCAUUACAGCCGGGAUCAACAGACGUUGAAACGGGUAGCAGUCCGCGGAAAUUACCAACACCGAAUAAAUCCCUUCACGGAUCGAUACCGGAAAGAAACGAAAGACAACUUCCGUUGACACCCGAAAGGCAAUUAUUAUUUGCCGAAGGUCGUCAACUUCCAAAUCCUCCGAGUGAUAAAAUGAAAUCCGCUCCCGAAAGAAUGUUACCCCAUCAACCGGGAAGUGGAAGAAUGCUUCCGACAAUCGGGAUACAAAUACAAAAAACGCAUUCAUUACCAAAAACAAAUCAAUCGUUCGAUAACACCGGAAAUAACGAACCACCACCACCGGAAAUUGAUUUUCAAUCGACAAAACUUCUUUUCAAUCAAUCUUCUAAACAGACGAGGAACAUGGUCAACGUUCAAAAUCAAAUUCACGCCAAUGCCGCCGAAGGCAGUGGAAAAUCAAACGAAUCAAUAUUUUGCCGUCAAAAUAAUACCGCGUCGGACGAAUUGAAAGAUUCUGGAAGGUUACAGACGACGUUAAGAACGGAUCUAUCAACGGAAAAGAACUCGACCGACGUGGCAGCAGAUGAUAAAAGAUUAUCCGACGAAGAAAAUUGGUCGAAUGCAAACGUUUCGUGGGACAAUUCGCAAAAACGAUAUAACGAUUUGAUUGAGCUUUUUAUAUAA